CUCACGGCCCUACCCCUAUCCCCACCUUCCCACCCUAAGUCUUUCUUAUCUCUUCCAAUCCUUUCUAAGUUCCAGGAGAAACUUCUAGAACUGCCAUAAAUCCAGCCCACCCUCACCCCUUUCUCUCUAUAUUCUUCCACCACUUCCAAAUCUCGCUCUUUUCCCUUAUUUCUUAAUUAACCCAAAAAAAAAAAAAAGAAAGGAAAAAAGAUUGUCGAUUUCAAAGUGUUUUUCUAUUUAAUUUAAUUAUUGGUUCCGUCAGAGCUCCACCUAUGGCUCCGCCGCCGCCGGGGGAGUCAAACUCCGACACCACCGCAGCCGGAGGGGGAGACUCUCAGAGAACGUUACCAACACCGUUUCUGACGAAAACUUAUCAACUCGUCGACGAUCAAACAAUUGAUGACGUGAUCUCUUGGAACGACGAGGGAUCUACCUUCAUCGUUUGGGAUCCCACCGUUUUCGCUAGAGAUUUGCUUCCCAAGUAUUUUAAGCAUAACAACUUCUCCAGCUUUGUUAGGCAGCUCAACACCUAUGGAUUUAGGAAGGUAGUACCUGACCGGUGGGAAUUCGCCAACGAAUACUUCCGAAGAGGUGAGAAACGGCUCCUAUGCGAAAUACAACGCCGGAAAAUCACGACACCGGCGACAGCGGUGGCGGUUCCAGCUGCAGUGGCGGUUCCAUCAGGAGUCACGGUGGCGGCAAUUCCCACAGCAAAGCCUAUAAUUUCUCCGACGAAUUCUGGCGAGGAGCAAGUUAUAUCAUCCAGCUCCUCGCCGAUAAGAGCUUCGGCGGAGCUUGUGGACGAGAACGAUAGGUUGAGGAAAGAGAAUCAGCAGCUCAAGAAGGAGCUUGCGGACAUGAAAUCUCUCUGCAAAAACAUCUUCAACAUGGUUUCGAAUUACGCUUACGACCAGUCGGAAAGCGGUUUCCAAGCGAGGGAGAGCGGUUUCCGGGAUGUGAAACCUUUGGAUUUGAUGCCGGGGAGGCGGUCCAGGGGCGAGGCGGUGGAAGAUGCGGCGGUGAUGGAGGAUGAGACGGAGACGAAUCCGAGGCUGUUCGGCGUCACAAUUGGAAUGAAACGAGCGAGGGAAGGUAGCAAAGGUUCGAGGGAGGACGACGAGACGGAUCUACGGCUGCAUCAAGCAGCUGAAGCGGAUGUGAAAUCAGAGCCGUUGGAUGCCGGUCAUAAGGAAACGCCGUCGUCUUGCCUCAAGCAGUGCCACCGGGCUAAUCAAACGGUGUGUAAUUGACGAUGAGAGCUCCGAUUAAACGGUUGGUGGGGGGUGGCAAUGGGGGCCACCUGUUAAUUGUAACCAGCGUACCCGCACUGGAUUGGAGUCCUUAUUAGGAGUGGGCACACGUGGCAAAUGAAAUCACGUGCGUCGAUAAAAACUCCCUUUUGGGGGACCCAUUCCAAGAAGUUUCUUGGACGGACCUUUUCUUUUGCCCUUUUAGAAAGAACACCUUUCCUUUCCUUAAUUAUUUUUGGGAAAAACAGCGACCCAAAAAACAAAAAAAAAAAAAGGCUUUUCAUCAUAUCAGCGCCUUAAUGUGGAAUCUAAAGUGGCAAUGGGCUUAAAAGAAGCUGAAAGGGCCUGGUCCAAGUUUUCAGUUUUAGGGCAGCUGCUAUAGUUACUUGAUCUUCACUUUAGUUGGGGAGAAAUUAGUGAAUGUUCUUUCCAUUACUUCAUGAUGUAAUUUACUUCGUUAAGUCAAAAAGCAACAGAGCUUAGUUUACAAGAUUCGUGAGAGAGUUGUUAACCAAAAGCAGCAACAGCUAAGUGAGUUAGAAAGUUUAGUGAAUAUUCCUAGCAUGUACAAUUGUUAUUUGUUGCUCUAUGAACCAUUUCAAACUCC